AUGGGAUCUCAAGAUCAAGAAAAGAAUCUUUUAAAAGAGAAAGAGAAGGUCGAUGAAUGUGCAGUUGUUACUACAAAGAGAAAAAAGAAGCGAAUUCAAGAAAAAAAUGGUGAAGAUGAUGGUGUAUCGUCAAAGAAAAAAUGCAAAGUUUCUGAUCACCUUGUCAAACCAAGCACAUACAAUUUGUUCGUGAUGGAAGGGACAGACGAAAUUUCCAAGCUGCCAGAGCCAAUUUUGGAUCACAUUCCGUCUUUCCUUGUUAUUAAAGACGCUGCGAAAACUAGUACAUUGUCCAAGGUUCAAGGCAAGGCCAAGGAAAAUUUACAAAUUUAUGAGUCUAAGGCUGUGGAUGAUUGGAUUAAAGUACUUGUAACCUGUAAUAUCAAAGAGUUGUUCUUAGAUGUUGAUGUAUACAAGCACUACAAGUUGCCUGACGCAAUCUUUGCUGCCAAAUCUUUAAAUGUGCUUAGCUUACGUGGAGUUAAGCUCGAACUACCUUCUGAUCGCAUAAAGUUUUAUUUUCUACGAGAGUUGUACCUCGAGCACUCAUCUUUGGAUGAGCAAUUUCUUCAAGUUCUAUGUGCAAUUUGUAUUGAUUUAGAAGUUUUGUCUCUCAAGAGAUUUAGUGGACUAAUUAGUUUACAAGUUGCUGAAACUUUACCUAAACUAAGGACAGUAAAGUUGCAAACUUGCCCUCCAAAAUUCAAGAAGGUUGAUAUUGUAGCACCUAAUGUUGAAAACCUUUACAUUAGCUCAUUUGUUCUAGGCCAACAUAUAAUUGAGAUAACUGCUUGCAAUUCUUUAACGCGUUUGAAGCUCACUGCUGUGGCUGUCAAUGACAAAUGGUUAGAGAACCUCCUUCAAAAUCUACCUAACCUUGAAGUCCUUUACUUAGAUCAUUGUUUGUCCUUGAAGAUUGUGAAAAUUUCAAGUAGUUGUGUUAAGGGACUCGGGGCCUAUUUUGAUCCCCCGCCUAUAUUCAAACUGAAAGCUUCGCGAUUGCUGGAAGUUGAGAUCGAAUUGAUCCCGGAUCCAAAAGCCCUUGACACUCGUUGGUACUCUAAGCUCACAGAGUCUCUUGGUAACUUUAAUAAUUCAAGGGCCAUUACACUAAGAUGCGACUAUGACAAGGUGAUAGUUAUACCAAAAGACAUGAGAGAAAACUUGCUUCCUCCACUUUAUGGUACUAAGCGUGUGCACAUAAAAAUUAUGGAUCGGACAAAGUACUCUGUUGUGAAUGUCGUGGAUAGUUUGCUUUGGGUUUUUCCUCAACUGGACACCCUAUCUGUUGAUAAGGGUCAAAGCUCACAGAGCUUGAUCGAGUUUACAUACAGAGAUGCAGCUGACGAUGAAGAUGAGAAACCUUGUUGUGCAUCUCUACCUUGGAAAUGUUGGAGGCAUGAGUUAAAGAGAGUUAAGUUUCCAUAG